CUCUUUUCUUCUCCCCAGAUGAUGAGAAGGCUGCCGAGCGCGCUGCCCUCCGCCGUGCGUUUGUUUGCCUCUCAGCCACAAAGUGCCCAGCGCACCGAUCUGUUCCGAGCCCAACCAAGCCGAGCCGAGCCGAGCGGAGCGUGCGUCUGCACCCCCCUCCACACACAUACGCCCCCCGCCCCCCCGCCUCCACCACCACUCCACCCUCGCCGUCUCCGACCGCCGUUCUGUGGCAAUGGAGCCGUAACCAAGCUCAGUGUGCUUUAACGGAGCCGAGCGUGAGAACCCGACGGAUCCGGCGGAGACCAAGCGGCUAUGGAGGAGAAGCGCAGCCAGGCUGGAGUCUAGACUGCACGGAAAUCAACACACCCGGAUUACAUUUUUGCAAUAUUUUUUUUUUAAACUCUAAAAUCAAUCUUUGAACAGGGAUUUCCUUUUUUUUUUUUUUUUUUUUACUUUCGUCCGAUAGUAGCCUAUUAUUUGAUCACUGCACGGCGAGGAUGCAGGGAAAGGAGUUGAGCUUUUGCACAGGAUGCUGGAGACUAACGCUGCUGUCGUGCGUCUUGGCACUGUACUUGAUCCCGCUGGCUGUCCACGGGAAUGCUGCUGGGACCAACGCCACUGAGCCGGACCGUGCGGCCAAUGUUACCUCCCAGCUCAGCGAGGAGGAAGGGCCUGUUAAGGUCAACGAGGCCGUCCUCGCAGUAACCGGGACGACCAGCUUGGCCAUUCCAGACGCUGUGACCCCGAGGGCGGGCCGGAUCCCCCGCGCCGGCGAGGAGGACGAGCAGAGCAGCGGCAUGUUUCCUGAAACGUUGGUCCCUGCGUUGGAAGAAGUGGGCGUGGCAGCCCCGCCCCAGAUCAGCCCUGAUUCUGCUGAGACGGAGCACCUGCUGCCUAGCAACCCACGUGGACAGGACAUCAUGGAAAGCAAGGAGGAGGAGGAGGAUGAGGAACGUCUGCCAAACACCGACCCGCCUUGGAUCCACGCCAAGGACACAGCCGUGUUUGACCUGGAUCACCUCUUCACCACCACCACCGGCCAUCCCUCGGCCCCCAACAACCCAACCAACCCCACCAGUCCCUCCAACCCUGACGUCCUCCAUGUUGACUUCUUCGACCCUUCCUCUCGUGGACGCGGCCUCGACCUGGCCCCGCCGUCUCCAUCAUCACUGGCCCAUGAGCUGCAGGGAGGCGACCCAACCUCCUGGGCGAUGCCGGACAACUACGACUACCUCACUCCCUACGAGGAUGGCGUGUCCCCUACUGCGGAUGAGUACACCUACAGCACCACGACCGACACCUACGACAGCGAUGAAGACCUCCGCCUCGCCGGUGGGUCUCCAGCUCGCUCCAAGCCCAGAGUGCCAGCGUCUGACUCCUUCAUCCCUGGGGCCGCACGUCCUGGAGGGAGAGCUCCGGUACCAAAUGUCCCUGCGGCGGCUCCUCCGGUGGCCUCACCGGUGGACGGGUCAGAUGGAAUGGGUGGAUGCCGAGUGGGCUACCAGAUGGUGAACGGAAGUUGCCGCUCGCCCUGCGACACGCUGCCCAACUACUGCUUCAACGGUGGACAGUGUUACCUGCUGGAGGGCAUGGGAGUCUUCUGCAGAUGCAACGUCCAGGAUUACAUCUGGCACAAGGGUGCUCGCUGCGAGUCGGUGGUGACCGAGUUUCAGGUGAUGUGUCUGGCCGUGGGCGCCUCGGCUCUGGUGGUCCUGCUGCUCUUCAUGAUCAUCGUCUGCUUUGCCAAGAAGCUCCAUGUGCUCAAGACGGAGAACAAGAAGCUGCGCAAGCGCAGCAGUAAGUACCGGCCUUCAUCGGAGCAGCACAAUGAUAAUUUCUCGCUGUCCACCAUCGCUGAGGGCUCCCACCCAAAUGUAAGGAAACUGUGCGACACCCCUCCUAACGUCCCUCAUGCCCGUGCAUUGGCUUACUAUGAUAACAUUAUCUGUCAGAAAACCAUGAGCAGAUACACCUGGGAGUGUAAGACCAAAGAGGAGUCCGACUGUGAGUUUCACGCUGACGGGAGGACAGAGGGCCCCUAUCCCGUAACCAUGGAAGUGACGUAUCCACACGUCCUGCCUGAAGUUACUAUCUAGGCCAACAGCCAGCGGGACGAUCCUAAUUCCCAGAACAAGCUGGAGGACCCGGUGAAGGCCCCGCACAAGGAGGACGACUCCCUCAACAUCCACAACUCUCUGACCCCGAAACACGAGAACCACAAGGUCCUGGGCGAGGAGAACUCCUCGGAGGUAAACUCACUGCAGAACAACAUGAUGUGAAAACGCAACAAAAAAACAAAAACCACCCCCCCAGCAACCUGACAACACAACACCGCCAAACGCCAAGGUUGCCUCGGCAACGGGAGCCCCCGAAUCCUCCCCUGCUCUCCGUCCGCCCGCUGCCGAGUGCGCCUAAUCGGUCAACCAACCAACCAACCAACCAACCAACCAACCAACCAACCAACCAACCAAACCAACCACAACCAGCCUGCCAACGUACCGCCAGCCAAACCCAGUCUGCAACUGUCUCCAACACGGCAACACUGCCACAAAGGGCCGGGCCGCUGCAAAAAAAACGUACACCAACACCACACCGCCGCCGCCGCCGCCACAACUGCCCCGCAAAAGUAAACCCCCCACCAACCUACCCUGCCGCCGCCUUGCAACCCCCCCCACCCCCCCCCCCCCCCCCCUUACACUCCCCCUGUUUUGCUGACCCGCCCCAUUGUUGCUGUCACUCUACUCUCCCUUAUCUUACCUGCGCACACACACACACACACACAUACACUCACACACGCCACACACACAUACACUCACACACGCACACACAUGCACACACACACACACAGUGAAAAGAUGAAGACUAAACAAGCUUUAUGUGUACAACACACCUUCCCCUGCCUGCAUUGGUGUAUUUGUAAAAAGAAAUAAAUCAUACAGAAAUUUAAAACGUACGUAAUACGUCAUUGUAAAAAAAAAAAAAAAAAGAUAGUUAAGAUAAAGCUACUGAGAGGUUUUGAUGUUUGUUGACUAAUCCAGUGAGUGUGUAUAAAUAUUGGAGAGAAACUAAAAUUGCUUGGAUUGAUUUCAAAAGAGCAACACAUGUGUCUUGGUUUUCCUGAUGUGAUUUCUAAUCCUUUGAUGUACUUGUUUUUUGUUUUAUUUUGUACUUUUUUGGGACUUCGAACUGAGAAUAAACCAACAAGAUUCAGACAGUUGUUGAAAUAAAUCUUUUUAACAUGA